CCGCCGGUUCGGUCAGUGCGAUGCCAACUGUGUUAGCGUUCGCGUUACACGAUGACGAACGUCGUCAAUCAUCAUCUACCCUCGUGGUCCGCGGUCAUUGUGGUGUCGAUCGUAGCCGUCUCGUUGGCGCCGGUGUCGCUGUGUUCGGUGCAGCAAUCCAGCAGCGGCAACGGGCUAUGGGACGAUCUGAUGGGCAAGUGCGACGGUCCAAGGAACACGAUGGACUGCGUGCGCAGCCGGCUGUACAAUUACGUCGAUCACACGUUCGAAUCCGACUUUAACAUCACCGACGGGCUGAUAUUCACGAAGAACUCCAACAACUACGAGUCCAUGUGUCCCGAAAAUAACGAGACAACCACCACGUCCUAUCGGGAAGCCCGAGCUCCUGAAAUGGAAGAAGAAGAAGCAGUAGUCGAUGAUGGCUGGUCCGACGUCACAGAGCGGCUGUACAACAAGGGUGCCAAAUACUUGGCAACCCACGAUUUUGAAGCCACUGUACCAAGUUUUUUGGGUGGCGGACCCGGUGCUAGGGUUCGUCUGUCACCCAAAAAAAUUUUACCCGAUGGCGGCAUAAUUCUGCGAAUGGACGUGUUGCCGGCUGCAAGAGACGCCAGAUCGCCUAGAUUCAUGCACAAGAUGAUAA